AUGGUCGCAUCUCUGUUGGAACGCACAACUGUCGACAAGUCGUUGGACCAACCAGAGCACGAGCUGAACCCGCUGGUGUUCGCAGAGAGACGGGACGUCUCGGUGAAGGACGGAAUGAAGCAGAAGGUGAUGGACAGCGAAGAGCUACAAAGCGAGAUGUCUGUGUACAAGCGCAAGGAGAUGAAUGGGGAGCUCCGACCCGAGCCGUUUCUUGUGAAGAAUCCGAACCGCUUUGUGCUCUUUCCGAUCCAAGAGCAUGACGUGUGGCAGAUGUACAAGAAGGCGGAAGCUUCGUUCUGGACUGCCGAGGAGCUGGACUUGGUGCACGAUCUCAAGGACUGGGCGAACCUCACAGACAAUGAGCGUUACUUUAUCAAGCACGUGCUCGCCUUCUUUGCAGCCAGUGAUGGCAUUGUGAACGAGAAUCUGGCCAUGAACUUUAGCAAUGAAGUGCAAGUGCCGGAAGCUCGGUGCUUUUACGGCUUUCAGAUCGCGAUUGAGAACAUUCAUUCGGAAGUCUAUUCGCUGCUCAUUGACACAUACAUUAAAGAGGCGACGGAGAAGGACCACCUUCUGCGCGCGAUUGAGACCAUCCCGUGCGUUCGAAAGAAAGCCAAUUGGGCGCUUAAGUGGUGCGACCCACAAGUAUCUUCGUAUGCGGAGCGGCUGCUGGCAUUUGCCUCGGUCGAAGGCAUUUUCUUCUCGGGCUCGUUCUGCUCGAUCUUCUGGCUGAAGAAGCGCGGUCUCAUGCCUGGCCUCAGCUUCUCGAACGAGCUCAUUAGUCGAGACGAGGGCAUGCACACGGACUUUGCGUGCCUCAUGUACUCCAAGCUAGUGAACAAGCUGCCCGAGGACCGUGUCCACACGAUCAUUCGCGACGCAGUGACGAUCGAGCACGACUUUGUGCGGGACUCGCUGCCCGUCGAGCUGAUUGGCAUGAACUCGGCGCUCAUGUGCCAGUACAUUGAGUUUGUAGCGGACCGCCUGUUGUACUCGCUCGGCGUGUCGAAGAUUUACCAUGCAAAGAACCCAUUUGACUGGAUGGACAUGAUCUCGCUGCAAGGCAAGACAAACUUUUUCGAGAAGCGUGUGGGCGAGUACUCUAAGGCUGGUGUAGGUGUCGCGGCCGAGGACCAGGUAUUCACUCUUGAUGCUGACUUUUGA